AUGGCAAGUGAACCUACUAGUUUUACAAUUAAACAGAACAAGGACUUUUACAAUGAGUAUGAUUUAUAUCAAGAUGAAGAUUAUUACGCCAAUCUAAAUGGAUACUAUGCUGAUUUAAAUGGCAAUUUAAACACUCUCUCAUUUGAAGAGUUAAAAACAAAAAUACCUACGAUGUCAGAACUUCUUUCUGAAUGCCCAACAGACUCAAACCCAAGUUAUUACACUCACACCAAAUACGACCCUCUUCCUGGUGUUUUUGAAGUUGUUCCUCAUAAAAUAUAUCAAUACAGAAAUAAAGCAGAUGAUAUUGCAAAUCUAACAAUGAUCAGAGGAAAGACUGGGUGGAUAGUCUUAGACACACGAACAACCAUCUCUUCUUGCAAAACUGCAGUCGAUUUAAUUAUGAAAACAGUUGAAACUGCCCCAAUAGUUGCUGUUAUUAUUUCACAUUCCCAUUAUAACAGAUUUGGUGGUUAUGAUUAUGUAGCUAAUGAGGAGACCCCCCUAUACUUGCCUCAAAAUUUUAAACAAAGCUUUUUAGAUGAAAAUAUUUAUGCAAAUGAAGUAACAUCAAGAAGAGCACAGUACAUGUACGGAGCACAAUUAAAAGAUUCAAUAACAAAAGCGACAGAUAAUACAACCGGAAAAAAGAACGAAAUUAAUACUUCUUUUCCAUAUUCUAAACAUACAACUGUAAUAAACCAAAAACAAACUAUUGUAAUUGAUGGAGUCGAAAUUGAAUUCAUACCAACUCCAGAAACAGAAGCGCCAGCAAAUAUGAUGUUGUAUUUUUCAGAAUUUGAAGCACUUUAUGGAGCGGAUAAUUUCUGUGUCGUAAUGCAUAAUCUUGGAACAUUAAGAGGAACUAAAGUCAGAAGUGGUAAAGUCUGGAGCAAAGCACUGGAUGAUGCAAUUGUGAGUUAUGGGAAGGACAUCCAAAUUCACUUUGCGGGACAUGGUCCAGCACUCUUUGGGAAUGAAAGAAUCAACAAGUUCUGGCGAACCAAAAGAGAUUUGUACAAGCACAUCCACGACCAGACACUGCGAUAUGCCAACAAGGGUUAUAACAUGACUGAAAUUGCCGAGUUUGUGAGACUUCCCGACAGUCUCAAUAAAGAGAGGUGUUGCAGAGGACUGUACGGCUCACUCAACCACAAUAUCAAAUCACAAUAUCAAUUAUACCUUGGAACAUAUGAUAGCAAUCCAGCACACUUGGACGAACUUCCACCACGCGAACUUGCAGUGAAGUUUGUAGAGGCGUUUGGUGGUGUUGAAAAGACACUUGAAAUUGGACAAGACGCUUACAACAAAGGCGAAUACCGAUGGGCAGCAACAGUCUUGAAUCACUUGGUAUUUGCAGAUGUCAACAACAUGAAGGCACGCGAACUGCUUGCUACAACAUACGACCAACUGAGUUACGUUGCCGAGUGCGCAAGUUGGCGAUACAACUACCAAACUUCUGCGCUUGAGUUGAGAAAUUUGAACGACAAGAAACCAAAGGAUUUUGGAUUUAAACUUGAAAAUGUACCUUUAGAAGCUUUUUCUGAAUUUUUAGCUAUUCAUGUUGAUCCAAAAAUAUUGGAAAACAUCAAAGGAACAAUAAAAAUUGUUGAUCUGACAAACAAUGAGAAAGUUACUAUUGUUGUUAGUAAUUCUGUAAUAACAAUAAGAAAAGAAGACAUUGAAUAUGAUGUUUUGAUUGAAGCCGAAAAAGAGAAUUUAGUAAAAUUGUUCAAAAAACAAGUAACCUUAAAUGAACUUUUAAAAACUAAAAAGAUAACUAUUACAAAUACUGGUAUUUCAACAAAUUUAGAAAAAACAUUUGUUGAUGCAGUGGAUUUGGAACAAAAGUACUUCAGUUUUGUUGAACCUAAGUAA